AUGCAGUACUUCCUGUCCCUUAACAAGGCCUCCGGCAAACUCUGCGAGGCAUUCAAGCGAGAUCUCUUCCCCACCGAAGUGCCGAUCACAGCCGAAGAGAGCGAUUUUCCUCUCGGUUUUAUCCUCAAUGUCUACAAAAGCAUCAAUCAGGUGGCGCGUCUGCUACGUCUCAUAUAUCGGCCACAAAACUUCUACGUCAUUCACGUGGAUAGAAAGUCACCACAGGAGUUCUAUGACGCAGUCCAAGAAAUCGCAAAAUGCUUCGGUUCCAAUGUUGGUGUAGUUCCUCGAACUGAAAGCGUGAGCGUUGUCUGGGGAGAUUACACGGUCCUAGAGCAGGAAUUCGUUGCCGCGCGAAUCCUCCUGCAAAUGGGGAAGUGGAGGUAUUUCAUAAAUCUGACAGGCCAGGAAUUGCCUCUGAAGACAAACUUGGAAUUAGUUCUGGCACUCAAAAUGCUGAAUGGCUCCAACAUCGUUGAGACCACAUUAAAACACCGUUUCAAAUGGCGACUACCCAGACGUAGAUCAUCAUUCCCAGUAAGUAGUGUGAUCUAUUAAAUGAGGCUAUUUCAUGACAUCUUUAAUCAUACUGUGUCCUAUGAUACAAAACCGUGAUUAUGCAUCAACCACAUCCCAGCCCCUCCCAGCAUCGAUAGGAAGAUUUUCCCGGUGACAGAUUUUCAUGUUGCCCUAAACGACUGAAGUUUAACUUAAAUUUACUCUCGACAGGUUUUAGUCUGACACAUCCCGAAAGGAGUUCGGCCAGAGUUUGAAGAAACUUAGGGCAUAAGGCGUUCAAAUUUCGAUCCAUCUACUUCGACCGUCCUUGUCGACGAUGUCCACCAUGCACUGCACACCAAGGUGAAACAGGUACGGCGACUUGCGUGUGGAUUAAUUUAUAGAGAUAUUAGACUUGCUCAUCAUCUACCGCACUCUCCUCCUCCCCCACCUGGACCCAGUGUCAAGACAGAGUCAAGAAGACCAGAAAGGGGAAGGGGGCGCAGGUGGAUUGCACGACCGAAUCCGCAUCUUGGCGCUCCACUCCACACCUCCUGCUCCAGACUACAAAUGAUCAGGACUUUAACCAACAACAACACUGGGGGCGGCAGGGGUCCUAGUGUGCUGGACCACUGCCGGCGACGGGGUCUGACAUCGCACUCCCUAAAUGUUGGCAUCUGUUAUGGCGUGCGUUCCGAUGACGCCUGCCAAAAUCCGAUAUGGCCCCUGUGUUGGUUCAGCGCAUCUAUCAGAUGGCCGGUUCGGGAGGGACUUUGACCCACCUGGUCGCUUUAAUUUAAACAGUUCCUUUGAGCUCUAAGUCUACCCGCUUGCCAGAUUACUUGCGGAUGGCACGCUGGUCGGCAUUCGGACAUGGCCGCUGUGAGGACUGCAUUAAGUACCUCUAUGCCCACAGGUGCGACUUGUGUGGCCUGCAUGUGUCUCCGUCCUAAUAGCUUCAUUAGAUCUCGGCGAUGACCAGACUCAGUCUGACCGAUUAGUCUUUUUUCGUAAAAUCGCGCAGCCGGCAGAUGUAAGAACUGACAAUUCGGUCGACUAAGUGCAUUUCACGCUUUGGCAAUGGACAAUCGACCGAGUUCUUUGAAACGUCAGCAUUUAAGUAAACCUAUUCCGGUGAGCCCAUCUUCUUCUUUUUCUUCUUCUUCUUCAAAAGAACUCAGUUCUCUCAACAUUCCCAAUCUGAAAUCGGAUGUUUUCAAAAUUUCGGACAUAGUAUUCCUACAGAGUACAAAUACCUGCGUGAAUCUUUUGAAAAUCGGCCAUUUUUCGAGACUUAACCUGCACUAUCUUUCCAAUUGUCUACUUGUUGAGUUAACUAUGGCCUGAUAGUGUGGAGGGUACAGUCGUUUCGUAGGCCAAUCUAUCAUUUACAGCUAUGCUCGUUCCAUUUCCCUUGAUAGUUGCCACGGUGUCGGAUAUAUACAAAUAUCACAUAUGUCAUAUGUCAAAUAUAUACGGGCUCACCAUAGCCGAAGCAUCAAAUGCAGCUGCGUUUUUUCGGAGCUCGUCUACGUCAUUUAACCUUGGUUGCUCUGUCUUUCGCCAAAAUGUGAAUUUUAGUUUGAUCAAAAGUGUCUCUUCGUUUUACCAAAGCUUAUAUAAGUAUUUAAUGUUCCUUCGUUUAUACUUUCAAUUAAUAUGGCUCCAAAACGCAGUCCACGUUCAAUGGUCUUUGCAAAUAAUACGAUUUCAUGAACCUAAAAUCCCACUUUUCGUUCCUUGAUGGGAUUCACUUGAACAUAUUCUUGCUUAUAUUAAUGUUCCCUUAUGGCACAACGUGGAAGGAAUAAUAAAGUUUGGCAGGUGGCACUAAGCAACCUGGAAAAUUACUUGGAUAUGAGGAAACGUCCGGUCUUGUCUAAUUCUGGCCUGUUUCCGUUCCAUUAAACAGGUCCAAAAUAAAUUCUUCUCUGGCAAAAGACUUUCUGUGCCUCGACUUAAUUCAAUAAACAAAAAAUUACUAAAAGUAUGUCUAGACGUUAUUCUUUUUGCGGUCAUAUUUACUUGGUGUUUUGCACGGACAGGUAUUCUGCAUAUAGAAAACUGACAUUCUCAGAAUUUUCAGACUUUCUGAAAAAAUGGUACUUCUACACAACGUUUAGUGUUUGUUUUAAUGUUUUAAUUCCCUUGCAGUUGUUCUUUAUUAUACUACUGACUCUCCGCUUAUACUUUUAGGUAAUAUGGCUCAAGAACGCAAUCCACGUUGCACUUUCGAGGGAAUUCGUUGAAUUCAUGCUGAACGACAAGAGAGCGCUCGAAGUCCGUGACAUGCUGAUCAAUUAUUCCUACCACCGGCAUCCUGAUGAACAGUUCUAUGGAACGCUUGUCUACAAUCCACAGCUUGGUGCCCCUGGAGCUUGUCCAGGGCUCUACAAAAAUGGCAGGGUGGACCAAGACUUUGAACGAGAAGAAGACAUUCUGCGCUAUAAAAUAUGGUCUUAUAGACCUUGUCCUACAAAGUACGUCCGCUGGAUAUGCAUUUUAGGAUCUCAGAGUCUGCCAGACCUAAUCAGAGCCCCAGAGCUCUUCGCGAACAAAUUUCACGAGGACUACUAUCCCGAGGGUUACAGCUGUCUGGAGUUUGCAAUCGCCAAUCGGACCUACCAAGGUCCUGCCCCCGAUUUUGAUCCAUCAGUCUAUGCAAGGUUUCGCUGUUCUUCAGAACAUAUGCAAAUGAAUUGA